AUGGAAAAGGGUUCUCACGUGAAAAUGGUGAACAACGUUCAUCACGCCGAGGAUUACGACUACAGUAUCCAGGUGAAUCGUUGGAUCUUGCAGCCGAUCGGGGUCUGGCCGAGUAUCAACAAGUUGAGCAAAGCCAAAUGGUUCCUUUCGUUUCUGCUGAAUCUUGCGUGCCAUGCGGUGAUCAUGUUCACGGUUGCGCCAUGCCUGAUGUUCAUUCUGUUCGAGGACGAAAGUAUUCACAUGAGAAUGAAAGCGAUCGGCCCUAUGAGCGCCAUGCUAAUGGGCGAGCUUAAUUACUGGAGUCUGUCUCUGAAGACCAAAGACAUACUACGAUGCUUCGAUUACUUGGACACCGACUGGAAGAUGGUCGGACGACCGCAGGACCGUCGGGUGAUGCUGAAGAACGCGAAGGUCGGCCGUAUGGUCGUAACCGUUGCCGCGUUUGCCCUGAACAUCGGCGUGUUCUCGCACAGUUUAAUGGCAGGAUUCAAAAAGAUGGAGUUCAACAUUGGUAACGAUACUUACGCAAUGCUACGUCUGCCUUGUCCGUGUUACUCGAAACUGAUAGACGCCAGGUACAGUCCAAUCAACGAAAUCGUCUUCUUCGUGCAAGUUUUAUCCGGGUUGAUCGUCAACUUGGUCACGGUCGGGGCUUACGGUUUCGCCGCAGUGUUCGCUAUGCACGUCUGCGGUCAGCUGAGUAUCGCUAUGUCGUAUCUGGACGAAUUGGUGGAGCCGAAUAUGGAUCAACCGAACGCGCAGGAGAAACUGGGGGAUAUCGUGGACAUUCAUUUACGAGCGUUAAAUUUUGUGUCGCAUAUAGAGGACGUUAUGCACCUAACAUGUCUCAUUGAGUUAACGGGAUGCACGCUGAACAUGUGCAUGCUUGAAUACUAUAUGAUUACGGAAAGCUCAAAGGAAAACGCAGUCGCUUACGGCGUUAUAUACCUAUCCAUGACAUUUAAUGUUUUCAUAUUUUGUUAUAUUGGCGAGAAGAUUUCGGAACAGGGCGAAAUGGUGGGAGAAAAAGCGUAUAUGACAGAGUGGUAUCGUUUACCUUACAAAACUGCCUCCGGAUUAAUCCUUGUAAUAUUGAGGUCGAGUACGGUUACGAAAAUCACAGCCGGAAAAGUAUUGCCAAUGUCAAUUGCAACGUUUGCUUCUGUUGUUAAAACGUCUUUCGUGUAUUUCAACAUGAUCCGCACAGUUACGAUGUGA